AUGGCUAUUAAAUCUCUUCCUAAUGGUCCUUCGGCAGUAAUACUUUCACCACAAACAAAACAGUAUACUGUAAGGUAUGGACAAAACAUUCCUCCUAUCAACUGUACAACAAAUUGUAGACCUGAAUGUAUAUACACAUGGUUUGGUCCUCAUGUUCUCUCUGGUACCAAAAACGUUCUAAGUUUUGAAAAUAUACAGAAAAAUCAAAGAGGGGACUAUAACUGUAAAGCAAUUAAUGAAGUUGGCAGUAUGCAGUCAGCUGCAAUCAAUGUGAACGUGCAAUAUGAGCCCAUUGUAAACAAAGUGACGAUAAAUGGUACGAACUUUACUGUAAGUGAAAACACGAGAGUUAUAUUAUUUUGCAAUUUCGAAGGGAAUCCUGUACCAACAAUCACAUGGACAAAAAAUAACAUAAUCCUAGGUGAAGAUGUUGAAAACAGCGGACGGUCUUUUUAUACAAUUAACGCAGUACGAUGCAAAGAUACUGGAAAUUAUUCGUGUGUAGCAAAUAAUUCACUUGGAAUGUCAUCCGCACAGCAAUCACUGUUUGUCACUUGUUUUCCAAGACUCAAUGUAUUUAAACAACAGCCUCCGAAAAUAGCAGGGCUUUUAAUUGGAGAACCUCUUAAUCUUACUGUUCAUAUAAUAGCUUAUCCAAAGCUAUUGAAAGUAAACUGGACUUUCCAGUCGUCUUCUACAUUAGAUGAUGAGAGAAGUCAUAAUUAUACAACCAGUCUAACAUCUGAUUUGUUUACACAUGUUGCAUACUUCUACAAGUAUCAUCUCAAAAAAGAUGAUUUCGGAAAUUAUACAUUAGCAAUACAGAAUGCCAUUGGAGGAAUAGUUGUACAUUUUUAUGUUGAUCGGGCAGGUUUGCCAGCCACACCAACUGAUCUGCUGGUAAUAUGUGAAACUAGUCCAAUGGUAGUUCUUUGGAAACCAGGAUUUAAUGGUGGGACACCCCAAUGGUUCACAGUGAUAUGGAAAGAUAUGAAAACAAACACGUCGAUAGUCAAGUCUUCAAUACCUGAUUCUGAUAACGGUCAAUAUGUCAAAGUUACAACGUCUUCUCUUAUUGAUGGAACAACUUAUUUUAUAUACGUAGAAGCAAAGGAGUUUAUCAAAUCUGAAAAUGUUAUUGCCGUCGGUGUUGGAGCUGGAAUAGGAACAUCUUUGAUGAUAUUGACACUAGCAGUAAUUGUUGUUUUUAUUGUGAAACGACAUCGUCACCGUAGAAACAAAGAUAUCAACAAACAACAUAUAGACGACCAAGCAACGUAUGCCAAUCAGAGUUUUUGA